UUCCGAAGACGUGUUGAGUCCUUUUGUGCUUGCUGCUGCGCCGUCGUCCUCACCCGACCGCCUCUGCUGCCUCCUCUAACGCACUGAUCAGUGCGUUCCUUCCCACACCGUGAAGCUCUUUGUCUCCGGAUUGCUUCCUUACCUCUUCCUCUUGUUCUUGUCGUUGAUUUGAGCUCUUCGGUGGAGUUUCCGGCCCUGUAUUGCGGUGAUUAGGUUACGGGACUUGUGUGAACGGCUUGUGCUCGGCUUGGUCCUCAGUGAGCUGUAGUAUGGCAGGUUCUGCUCCCGAAGGUUCCCAGUUCGAUGCACGCCAAUAUGACGCCAAGAUGGAGAACAUCUUGUCGGCCGAGGGCGAGGACUUCAUUUCGACGUGGGAGGAGGUUCACGACACUUUUGAUGUGAUGGGUCUACAUGAGAACCUUCUGAGAGGAAUUUACGCCUAUGGUUUUGAGAAGCCAUCUGCUAUCCAACAGCGUGGAAUCGUUCCCUUCACCAAGGGUCUUGAUGUCAUUCAACAAGCCCAGUCUGGAACUGGCAAGACAGCUACUUUUUGCUCUGGUAUUCUCCAACAAUUGGAUUAUCAGCUUCUUGAGUGCCAAGCUCUGGUUUUGGCACCCACUCGGGAACUUGCCCAGCAGAUUGAGAAGGUUAUGCGCGCGUUAGGUGACUAUCUCCAGGUUAAGGUACAUGCCUGUGUCGGAGGUACCAGUGUCAGGGAGGAUCAGCGAAUUUUGCAAGCUGGUGUUCACGUUGUUGUUGGAACUCCUGGCCGUGUGUACGACAUGUUGCGAAGAAACGCACUCCGUGCUGAUUCAAUCAAGUGCUUCGUGCUGGACGAGGCCGAUGAGAUGCUUUCGAGGGGAUUCAAGGAUCAGAUUUAUGACAUCUUCCAGCUUCUUCCACAGAAGCUUCAAGUGGGUGUGUUUUCUGCCACAAUGCCACCCGAAGCGCUUGAGAUCACCAGGAAGUUCAUGAACAAGCCAGUGAAGAUCUUGGUCAAGAGAGACGAACUGACUCUGGAGGGUAUCAAGCAGUUUUACGUGAAUGUAGACAGGGAGGAGUGGAAAUUAGACACACUAUGUGAUCUUUAUGAAACCCUGGCCAUUACGCAGAGUGUUAUUUUCAUUAACACCCGCCGAAAGGUCGACUGGCUUACCGAUAAGAUGCGAGCUCGCGACCACACCGUCUCUGCAACACACGGAGAUAUGGACCAAAACACCCGUGACAUCAUCAUGCGUGAGUUCCGUUCAGGGUCAUCCCGAGUGCUCAUUACCACCGAUCUCCUGGCUCGUGGUAUCGACGUUCAACAGGUUUCUCUGGUCAUCAAUUACGAUCUGCCUACCCAGCCUGAGAACUAUCUCCACCGUAUUGGACGAAGUGGGCGUUUUGGACGUAAGGGUGUAGCUAUCAACUUCGUCACAAGGGAUGACGAUCGCAUGCUUCAGGAUAUUCAAAAGUUCUACAACACCGUGAUCGAGGAGUUGCCUUCCAAUGUUGCAGAUCUUUUAUGAGUUGUGGAUAGUGUCUCCUUUAGCACCAGGAAGAGGGAGUGUUUUAUAGAUGUUUCGGUGCCCUUCUAAGUGCUGGUCGGGGAAGUAUCAGUGCGGGGUGGAAUGGAAGGCUAGCUUGCCGGUUUAAAUGAUUAUUUGAGGGCAGGUAUUUUAGAAGGGUCAGGUCUCUGCACGAGCCAGCACUGGUUGGAAGUGUAUUGAUCAUAUCGGGAGGACUGGAAGUUCUUAGGCAGUAACUAAGAAAGUUUUUGCUACAUCUUGCGUGUUCUUGAGGA